GUAUUUGGCUUUCCAAGCUCGCCGGAACUACCAUUAACAGGACAUAAUCUCGGAUUUCUCGACCAGCGCUUUGCUCUCGAUUGGGUGCAGCGGAACAUCCAUGCUUUUGGCGGUGACCCAUCCAAAGUUACGCUCUUUGGCGAGAGCGCAGGGGCUUUCUCCAUCGAUUCGCUACUUACAAGUUAUCCUAAAGGUAGCUCGCCGCCGUUUCGAGCUGCUAUCCUGCAAAGCGGGCAGUUUAGCUACCGCGCCCCUUCUCCUUCGAGCAUCCCCGCGUGGUACAACCUUACGACACAACUUGGAUGUCCGGGCACUUAUAGCAGCAACUUGACUUGUGUUCGAGCAGCAAACGCGACAGCCAUCAAGAACAUUGUCGACAUGAACUCACUUAUCUUCAGUCCUGUGGCCGACAAUGUUACACUCGUAACAAAUCCAGCAGCGCGCCGCCUAAGCGGGGAUAUCGCGUUCGUACCGGUCCUAGGUGGAAACAAUGCUCAAGAAGGACGAGUGUUCACUAUGGGACAAACUAAUGCAAGUACAUUCCUGAAAAAAACCUUUGGCGACGCCGUUGUCGCAUUCCUCCCCGCCAUCGAAGCUGCCUAUCCUAUUGGCAGCAAGGGCAUCUAUAACGGUAAUGACCAAAGUGCACAAAUUGUCACAGAUUUUAUAUACCAAUGUCCAGCAGCUCUAUGGGCCGACGCCACCACUUCCAUUGGGAUCCCCGCGUGGCGCUACUACUUCAACGCUUCCUUCACCAACACUCAAGCUGUCCCCAAUCUCGGCGUAUACCAUGUCUCAGAAAUACCGCUCGUUUUCCGCACAUAUAGCCAAGUUAACGCAACUACCCAAGAGCAUGCAUUGGCUCAAUUCAUACAGGGCGCAUGGGCUAGGUUUGCAAAGAACCCGUUGGCCGGGCCUGGAUGGAAUAAGAUAGGUACCGGUGGUGAGGGUACUAUCUUGUACGGUUCCUCUGACCAGAUACGUGGCGGACUACUUCGAGGCCAAAACGCGAGUGUUGCGCAUGGGGACUGGAAUUUGGGUGUUCUUGGUAAUGUGGGCAGUGUCAUGGGAAGCGGUGUUACUGUGUUGCCUCAAUCAGACCUGGACUUUAGGUGCAGUUUGUGGAAGCCCUUGUUCAAGUCUUUUGUUGGUGCGGAGGGAAUGCCACCGUCUUUGUAG